AUGGCUUCGUCAGAGUUGCGCAGGCCUGCAAAGGCGCAAUCGCUCGCCCGCCACCUCGACUUGCGAAACACCUACGCAGACGACAAUGAAACCGCAGGCAUCAGGAUCGAGAACUGCAUCGGCUUCAGCAAGGUGCCCAUCGGACUCGCGGGGCCCCUGCGCGUCUCCGGCCUCGACUUCCAAGACGACGCCUACGCGCCCCUGGCCACAUACGAGCCAACCCUCGUCGCCAGCUGCUCUCGCGGCUGCAAAGCCUUCAACCUCUCGGGCGGCGUGCGCUUCGAUGUCCUGGGAAACUCCAUGUCCCGCGCUCCCGUCUUCGUCUUCCAGCACCCCGGCCACGCCGUCGCCUUCUCCCGCGCUCUCCCCGCCUUCCGCGCCAGCUUUGCCCAGUGGGCAGAGUCGACGAGCAGCCACGUACGGCUCCAGGAAUUGCGAGCCACCGUCAUAGGCUCCCAGGUUCACGUCUUCUGCGGCUACCACACGGGCAGCGCCGCGGGGCAGAACAUGGUCACCAAGGCCACGCAGUAUGCCUGCGACAUGCUCCUCAGCGCCUGCCGAGACCGCUUCUCCAUCCGGGACUUUGUCAUCGAGGGCCAGCUGUCGUCGGACAAGAAGCCCUCGUGGGGGAAUGUCAAGACCCCGCGGGGUGUCGAGGUGCUCGCCUGGGGGACAAUCACGCCGUCUGCUUGCCAGGCUGUGCUUGGGUGCAGUACGCAGCGGCUCUACUGGGCGCAGCAGACUCUCAAAGAGGGCGGCAUUCGCAACGGUCAGUUCGGCUCAAAUAUCAACACGGCCAAUGUUUUUGCGGCAAUGUUCAUAGCAACGGGUCAGGAUCCGGGGAGUACGGCUGAAGCCUCCUGGAGCCAUUUGACUUCGGAGCUGGAUCCAAGCACAGGGGUGCUGACUAUGAGUCUUUACGUGCCUUCCUUGCCUGUUGGGACUGUCGGUGGCGGGACCGGAUAUUCGACGCAAAAAGAGGCCCUGGGCUUGCUGAAAUGUGAUGCGCCCGGCAUGAAAGACCGACUUGCUGGCAUGAUUGCCUCUUUCGCCUUGGCUCUUGAUGUGAGCACAAGUGCUGCUAUUGCCAAUGACACCUUUACAGAUAGCCAUAUGCGACUUGCUCGCGGAGGGACACGAGAAAAGCUAUGA